CCUUCCAUGCAACCAACUGUACAGUGAUUCAAAAUGACUCAUAAAUGUGUCAAGAAGAAGCCAAGCAUCAAGUUGCUAAGAGAGGAGGUGAAAGCAAUCUUCAGGGCUCACGAUAUCAACGGCGAUGGCCACCUGAGCAUCAAAGAAUUGUCGAGAGCAUUCGGGUCGCUCGGUGCGCUUCUCCCUCUCUACCGUGCCGUCUGUGGCAUCCUCGCCGCUGAUGCUGAUGGAGAUGGACUUAUCACCGACGAAGAACUGGAGAAGGUGGUGGACUAUGCUGUGAAAUGUAAAUAUGACAUAAUCUAAACCAUAUCUUUCCAUCCUGCCAUUGAAAGUUUAAUUUAAAUUACUUGUAAGCUGUUGGCAAAGAUAAUAAAGAAGAAACCUUUCAAUUU